ACGUGCCCGGCCCGGCGGACCAAUCAGCGGCGAGCCUGCGUGGGCAGGAAGUGACGUGACCGGGUUCCUGCCACUGUAAAUUGCCGUGUGUCACCACAAAUGUUACCCACACACCAACAUCUCUCACAUCCGAGAGGCUGAUCCAUCCGCCGCCUCGCUCCUCGUGACGUGAAGCAAAAAACUAUCAAACAGACCCACUGAGCUUCUAUUAGCGCGGGAGCAUAAGUGACCAUUUCCCCCCUUUUCCCCCCUGGUCCCCUCCUGGAGGGUUCGAACCCAGACCUCCUCUCCUGUGCGCUCUCCACACACACAGACGACCCCCCCCCACCCUCUCUCCCUUUAUCCACCGACAACAAGCAGCCAAGAACCCGCAGGAGCAGUGGAUGAACCCGGGGCUGAAGUAACAGGCUGCUGCUCUGGAGGAACCAGGAGAAACUUUCCUCUCCUGGCUCGUGCACGGUGAACUGUGACCGCAGCUGUGUCUGUGUGUGUGUGUGAGGGGGGUUUUGCGCACCGCCUCUCACUUAAUUUCUAAGCAGUGUGUGUGUGUGUGUGUGUGUGUGUGGCACCUCCCCGCUCCUCCAUAGAUCUGGUUGCCCCUUGUACCUUGCAGGCUGCACCAUGCAUUCCUCCUGGCUGCUGUAGUUAGAGCAGGACACCGAGGUUCCUCUCACCGCCCUCCGCCUCGCUCUGGACUCCGGACCGCGCGUCAUGCCGCGACACCUGAAGCUCUCCCCGGCUCCUUCACUGGACCGCGUGGCUCCUUUGUAACUGGAUCUACUUGUUUCCCCUUUUGUGGAGGAAAGAGGAGGGCAUGCACUCCUCGUCUCCGGAGAACACUUGCAAAGAGGAGAAGAAAGUGUAGCGAGAGAGAGAGAGGGCUGAGCCGCAGAGACAAGGAGGAGCAGCGAGCGAGCAUCCGAAGAGACUGCAGCUGACUUGUAGAUGUUCGAUCAGGCCACGACUAUGGGCGAUGGGAGCCACCGCUGUGGACCCAACCCGCUGUGUCCGGACCGGAUGGAGACGAAGUGCCGCGCCGAGAUCGGGAGCCGGUCCCCGGUGCAGAGCUCCAACGACACCCCGGGGACCUCCGCGUCCACGCCGACCUCCUCCAGCGAAGACGGACACGACAAACUUUUGGGAGUGGACCCUGACUACUGUCGGAGGAUAUUAGUGAGGGACGCCAAAGGCACCAUCCGGGAGAUCGUCCUGCCCAAGGGCCUCGACCUGGACCGGCCCAAGCGCACGCGGACCUCCUUCACGGCCGAGCAGCUGUACCGGCUCGAGCUCGAGUUCCAGCGGUGCCAGUACGUCGUGGGCCGGGAGCGCACCGAGCUCGCCCGGCAGCUGAACCUCUCCGAGACCCAGGUCAAAGUGUGGUUCCAAAACCGCCGGACCAAGCAGAAGAAGGACACCACCAAAGAUUCGGACAAACGCUCUUCCUCCACGUCCGAGUCCUUGGCCACCUGCAACAUCCUGCGCCUCCUGGAGCAGGGUCGCCUCCUGGCAGGCCCCGCCCCACCUCACAACUCCCUGUUGGGGCCGCAUCACAACGGCUCCCUGCUGAGCAGCCCGGGCGGAGGCUCCUCUCCUGGAAUCAGCAGCAGCACUCCACCCGGCUCCCUAUCAGGGGGGACUUUUGGGCUGUCGCUGCCAUCCCUGGGCGGCACCCCGCCCUCGCCGCGGCUGGGCAUCCCACCGCCACACUCCCUCUGCUUCUCCAUGCCGCUGCUGGGGGGCGCUCAUCACGAACUGACGUCCUCUUACGGCUGCGGCUCCUCAGCUUUUGAGCCGUACAUGCGGCUGGACAGGAAGGAGGCCGACCUGGGCGGAAAGAAGACGGUUUCUUAAGUAACGCGUCCGUCUUUGCGGACGCCAGGGGACCGGGACUUGUCUUCGUAAGAGCUUUCCUCCUCGGCCUCUCCCCCUGCGGCCUGUUUGACACUGAAUGGCCGCAGACGGGGGCAAAGAAAUCACCCUGGAUCACGAGAGAUGUGAAAAAAGAGGAAGAGACCAGGUUGCUUUUCCUUGCGGCACCAUUUUGUGUCCACAGCACUGUUUGGCACACUGGCACAAAAUGGUGAAAAGGACGCGAUGUGACGGAGACUCUCCCACAUGAAAAAAAAAAAGAAGAAAAAAACUUGUGAAUUUCUUUUUUGCAAAAUGCCGUGUGUGUGUGUUGCGUGACCCCUGACAGAUGUUUUUAUCACCACUCUCUUCGCAGUGGUUUUAAAUGACUCGUCAUUUUUUUUUUUUUGUCCAGUGAGUUUGUGCGUGUGGUUCGUUUCUCUCUAUACAGGCCUUCAUCUACUGUUCAGGAAAAAAAAAGAAUACUUGACACGGACAGUUCAGAUUGAAUCAGUAUCUGAACGAGAAGAGCAGCGUUUCAAAUCGAGCCGUUUGUACACAUUUCUCUUCGAGUGGCCAUGUUUGAUUUUAGUUGAUGUGCUGAUCACAAAAUGGAAGAAACACUGAAAAAAAGAAAACUGACAAAAAAAAAAAGAAUCGUAGCAUUUUAAUAUCAGUCUGUUUGGUGUCCAGCGGUAGUUUUUGUAAAUUCUUGAUUUGGUUGUGUUUGUUUAUGUGGUAGGAUCUGGACAAACGAUGCAGAAUCACAUAUCUAGAUCUGAUUAAUAUAAAAAGAACACGAGGAGGAGGAGGAGGAAGGAAGCUGGUUCGACUCUGCCAAAGCGUUUACGGACGAAGCUUUGGAGGUGCAGCGCUUCGUGUCAUCCAAUCAGUCGAGGUCGGGCUCAGAGAAACGACCUUUGAAUCCACGACUCACAGGUGUCACGGUUUCUCUUUCAGCGAACAGCGAAAAAGACGUUCAGUAAAUCAGACGCGUAAUUAGACGUAUUUAACCGGACCAAAUUUGGAGUCGGAGUUGUGGUUCGGGGCCGAAGCUACAAACGAUUAAUCCAUCGAUUGGUCGACAGAAGUAUUCCGUCAUGUUCUCAAGCAAGAAAUAUACCAAACGUUCUCCGGUUCCAUCGUCUCAAAUGUUAUUUUUUCUUCUCCGUCAUAUUUUGAACUCGUCAUCAUCACAACAGCAGCAGCUAUCGAACAUAUUUCAGGUCAUAUCCACAAUAAAACUAAACGUCUUCGUGACUUUUACUGUACCAAGUUAUUAAGUUAUAUAUUAACACACUCGCUAAAUUUAAUUUGAAAGAAAUCAACCCUUUUUAAGUCGGUAUCACAUUUUCUUUUUUUGACCGUCGUUUAUUUUUCUUUAAAUUUAUAUUUUCAUCUUUGCUCCAUGUUUCUCGUAUUGAUUUUUAUUUCCCUGCUUCUCUCUUCACCUCGAACCGUCUUCAGCUGAAGGACUCCUCCGCACGCCCCCCCGUCGAAAAGCACUUUAUGUUUGCAGAUUUUUAACUUCCCUUUUUUAUUUGAAAUCAGGAAAGUCAGGAUUUACUCUGGACAGAAAAAAAAUCUGUUAUUUGUUAAAUAAGCUUCGACCUCAGUCAAUUGGUUUGAACCGAAAUCGACCUCUGAUUCAGAAAACGUGGAUUAAGGAAGCUUCAGCUCUAUUAUUACGUUUCUCUCUUUCCACUAUAUGAUGCCAUACGUCCACGUUUCCUCGUCGUCCAAAGAAAAUCAAGACUCACCUGCCGCGACCUCCAGCUUCCACGUGUCACACGAGUUACUUCCCCCUUUUCACCGUUUCAGUUUCAUGUAUGUAUUCAUGGGUCUCGAGUUCUUUCUCUUCAUUCUUCGCUCCCUCACGUUUGCCGAAGGUGACUCGACAUCCGCGAAGAAAACAAAGAAGAGAAAAGGCCACUACCAUGACAUCAAUUUAAAACGGAGGCGCUAACAAGCCAAGGCCAGGUCGUGCCGAAAAACAGCUGAGCGCGUGUUUCCAUUUUGUGAAAACAUUUCUCGUAGAGUGCACAGACAGGUUCCGACCUCGGCCUCUGAAAAUGUAAGAGAAAACCCCAGCGUGUCAGCUCGCCGGGGCCUUUUUGCGCCCGUGUAGCGCUGCAGCCGGCGAUUUGUUGUUGUUGUGUUCAGACCCCGGCGGCGCUGCAGAAACCGCUGUUAUCUACUCAUGGCUCUUUGCAGCGGUGCACCUGUGCUGCUGUUGAACACUAUUAUUUUCUAUAAGCACCAUCCAUAAUUCACACGCUGCGACAUCAAAUAUUGAGCGGAGAGAUGAAGCUGAGAGGUCAGGAGGCUGGUUUCUCAUGUGAGGCUGAUGCACCCUUUCACAAACCCUCUUUUCCUUUUUCUUUACUGCAGGGACGUUUCGCUCCUUUGCUAAAUUGCUUUCCCGCUGUGCCGCGAGCAAAACACAGACUUCUAGCUGGAAUAUUCCAUUUUUAUUGUUUUGUAGCUUUAGUGUUGAUUCAAAGUCCAAACUCUCCACACAAGGAAGAUGAAGGAGCCUCAGAAUUCAUUGUGUUUCCACUUAUCUCUCAAUCGAUGUGACAUGAGGAGGCUUAGUAUGUUGAGAAACUGUUUUUGUAUUUGAGUCGUUACAAAAAAAAAAUUGUCUCUCCGAUUUCUUUAUUUCCUUCAAACUGCAGCACUGACUCCACAUUCUGUCACUUUACUGGUGUUUCACAGAGUAGAUCUGCGGCUGCGGGAGGAAGGAUCCAGCUCCAGGGAAACUUUGCAUCAGUUAAACACAAGCCUUCUUUUUUUUUUUUGGUUCUGCUUUUUCUUCUGUUGCUUUUUUUUCAUUUUGUGCAAUCUGUGACAUCUUGCACUUGUUUUGCCGACGCCUCAGAAACACGACGGGGCCUCGCGGCUCUGCCACGAUCCUCUCGAUGGACACAGUCCUUCUGAGAUUGUGUGAAAUGUUCCUUUUAUUUAAAGAAAAAACAAAAAAAAUACACUUCUUCUAGGUUCACUUUUUCGUUAUGCACAACUUCUGCAACGUCUUUUUCUUUGAGCAGUAAAAGUUAAUGUCAAGCUAAUGGCACCAGCUACUACUUAUGAUGAACAAACUCUAUGUACAUAGAUAUAAAUUUAUAUAUAAAUAUAUAUAUAAAUGGGUCUUUGCACAAGUUAUCUCCAUGUCCGCUCCGUGUGAUUUUAACAGGAAAAACAAAAUGCGAAGGAACGUUCAGAAAAAAAAAAGACUUUAUAUGCUUUACAGUUCUUUGUCUCAUUAACAUUUUGCACUUAUUUAAAGAGGCUUACUUCUGUUUCUGGGCUGACAGAGCUGUUUUCACGCUCGGCCGAGAUACUGUACAAUAUGUAUAUGUAUUUUUAUUCAUAUGCAUAUAAAUAUAUGUCUAUGUAA